CCGAGAUUUACUACCGGCCACUGGGCCGGGCAUGGCGAGUGACGGAGCUCAGGGUGCGGGAGAAAUCCGAUGCUAAAUCCAAACAAGACCACAAGCGCGGCCGAGGACCUAAUGGUGUCCGACUCGGACGCCGUAAUGCUGUGCUACAAGCAGAGAUCGAUAUCUGGAAACGAUACACUAGCUGGAUGGAAACACGGGCUGAAUCAGAGAUGGCAUCACAGAUGGAAACGAGUCGAGGAAGAAAGACAAGAGAACCUGCUCCAGAAAGACAAUUGCUUACAAUGGAGCAGCAAUGUGAGGUCGCCCAGAGUGUACAUAAACAAAUAAGUGAAGAUCUGAAGAGACUUAAAUGCGAUACAGAGAGAUCACUGGACAACUACAAGGCAACUCUUGAAGAAGCUGAUGUCCACUUGGCGGAGGUUAAAAAGGAAAGUGGCCAGUUUGAUCGUGACAUUGGUAAAGCACUGCAGGAUAAAAAGAGCAUGACGAUGAACGUUGAGAAGGUUAUCAGAUACAUUGAGAAUAGAAAGAAAGCCAAGGACAACCUGAUUGAGAAGUUGCAUCAGCAGAAUGCAGCACUCCUAGCCCAUAAACGAAAACUACAGAUCCAGAUAAAACAGCAGGAAACGAUGGUUCAGGGCCUGACGCCGCUGGACUUUGAAAAGCUCAAGAUUGAGAACAUCAAAUCUCAUACGCAACUGGAUAACCAAAACCACAAGCAUCUGGAGCUCAAACUUCUCGCGGGCAACACCUUGCAUGCUUUGAACUCUAGCAAGGAAAAGCUUCAGACCUUGACACAAGAGUCAGAUGCGCUAAGCAGUGACAUCGCUUCACGUAGGAGAUUAAUGGUUAAGAUGGAGGAAGAGACCAAGCAAGCAGAAGAGGAGCGGAGCAAAGCGGAGGCCCUGAACCGGAAGCUCAGGGGUCAGUUGGCCGACUUUCAAGUACCACAUGUUCUACAAUAUAUCAAAGUUGUAGACUCCCACAGCCAGUUGGUGAAGAGCGUCAAAGCCUGGGAACGCAAGGUGGAGAUCGCAGAGAUGGCAUUAAAAACAUACACUAAAGAGUGGGACAAGCUUCGGAUCUCUGCUGGAGUUGGAUCGUCACGUCCGUGAGGAACAACCUUAGAUGCAGAUCUGUGUGGGCUUUAAG